CCAACAGAAGACGUUUGCGACGUCUGUUGCCGUAAACAGCAUCAGGAUGUCUGAACGGGCAGCUUAUGGCUUAGCCUGAAAGCUAACAGCUUAGUUUUAUUUUCGUUUCCUUUUUCUUUAGUGUCGUUUGGCGUUCUGGGCUUUUGUACUAGAUGGGGACUAAGAGCUUAUCAUGAAACUCCGGGUGCAGACUGACAGGAGUGAUUCCAGAAGAACCCUAAAGCUGAGAGAGUAUCCGGCUGUAAUGCAGCCAAAUUCAAGUGAGCGGGCGGAUCAUGCAGGAAACGGUUUAUCCCUGACUCUGCAACCAGAGCUUCUCAUCAGGGCACCGGUCACCGGUGCCGCCGCCGCCGUCUGCCCCGAGAGCGGUGACGUGCGGGUGCCCAUGACCGGCGGCCCCGGGGAGUCGGGUGGAGGCGCGUCGUCCAGGAGGUCCAGGGUCAGCUCCCACGGCCACUCGCAUUCGCACGGGCACAGUCGGGCGCACCACCACUCCAGCUCAGAUCCCGAGCACGACCCGUCCGACUCCGACCUGGACUCCGGAGAGCCCAGCACCUCCCUGUCCGAGCUCCGCUGCCUCUUCCGCUGGCUCCAGAAGAGUCUUCCUUUCCUCGUCAUACUGUGUGCUAAGCUGGUCAUCCAACAUGCUCUUGGUUUAGCAGUUGGGGUCGGGCUCUUCACAACUUUUUUAUAUGUGAAUACAAGCAUUCAAACUCAAGUCUUUCUUCAGGACCGUCACUCAAAGCUGCAGUGCGUAUGGCUGCUCGUCUUCCUGGUCUCUUCCACCCUCCUGCUUUACUACACGUUUCUCACUGAGACACUUUAUUAUUGCCUCAUCUUCUUGAGUCCAACCAUUGAGCCGCUGGGUUUCUGGGAGAUUCUAUGGGUCGUGGGCAUCACCAAUUUCAUAAUAAAGUUCCUCUUUAUGGGAAUUAAGUGCCUUAUUUUGCUGGUGCCCUCUUCACUGGUGACCUACAGAACCCAGGGGCGCUGGCUGAUGCUAACUGAAGAGCUCGGUCAAGUCCACCAGGCCACAGCACCUGCUCCACUGUGGUUCCGCUACCUGGUCACCUACCAGGAGACGGACGGCGGCCCUGGACUGACGCUGGGGAUCCUCCUGGCUCUGCUCUACCUCAUACUGAAGCUUUUAGGAUUGUACACACAGUCCUCAUCUUUACUGAAAACUGUGAGGGUAUUUCUGAUGGGCGAGCAUACAGGCGCAGCAGCCACAAGGAGUCAGUGCAGCGAGGCUGGAGACAUCUGUCCCAUCUGUCAGGGAGAGUACAGGGAGCCUCGGUCUCUGCUCUGUCAGCACAUAUUCUGUGACGAAUGCAUCGCUCUGUGGUUCAACCGGGAGAAGAGCUGCCCCCUCUGCCGCACGGUGAUCACCGAGAAGGUCUACAAAUGGAGGGACGGUGCCACAUCUCCACACCUGCAGAUUUACUGAUUAACGAGGCACACAUCAGGAGCUUUCGGGUGUGGGACAUCGAUAUUAGCUUGUAUGUAUUAUGUGAUUAUUUUUUUUUAUUAUUAUUUUUUCCCCAUGAAUGUCAAACCCGAUUGACAAGUAAUGUCGUACACACUGUUUCAUUAGUCAUUAAAGGGCUGGGCUGUCUGCGCGCUGAGGCCAGCACUCACACCUACAGUAGGCUUGUUUCUGUUUUUUUUUUUUAUUAUUAUUAUUACCAGGACAUCCCUACUGAUCACUUCCAAGUUAAUUAUAUUACACGCCCUCAGUAUUUUUUUGAUUUUGCCAUUUGUUAUGCUUUUUUUUUGUGUUGUGUUGGUUUUAAUCACCUGCAAUUUUGGCAUAUUCUUUCCUAAUGACAGAGGUGAAAUUGUCACACUUCGUUUCUUCUACUUGUAAAUAUUGGAACCAUAAGAGAAUUAUACAAGAAAGUAUUUUAAACUGAUUUUUCUUCCUUCCACGAACCCGUCUCACUCAAUUUGUGGAAGCAACUCUUUUAAAGGCUGAAAAAUUGUGCUAUAGAUGAAUCCCUGGGCUUGAAUUUCAAUGUUAGACCUUAAGGGCUGACGACGACGCAACACCUCUAGUGUACGCAGUGACGCGACAAAGUCACAACAAGCAUGGACGUGGCAGGCUGAAGACAGAUUUACAGUUUGCCUUUUGCUAAACUUUUCAUGACUUGUGAAAAUGAUGCAGCCGAGCUUGAGAGAUUGAUUUACAAAUAAAUUAUUUUUCUAUGGGGGUGACGCCGCCCCGUUUUUGUCAAAACCAAAGACUGGGAGAAACAUCUAUUUUACGUAUGAAAAUCAUUCACUGUGUUAUUUUUAUCCAUUAAGAUCCACAAAGUAUCUGAAUAAAGAUCUACAUUUGAAUUACA